AUGCCGAAGAAAAAGCCGGCGAAACAUUCCGGCGAUGACACCACCGCUCCGAUAUCAGCUCAAGACGGAGCUCCGAUUAACACAUGGCGGUGGUUAGUACAUAAAGGAACCACCACUUCAUUUCUCUGCAUCUCCCUCUUCGCAUUAUUGAUCCGAUCUGCUGUAUCGAUGUACCCGUACUCCGGCGCCGGAAUUCCGCCUAAAUUCGGCGAUUUCGAAGCUCAGAGACAUUGGAUGGAGAUAACCACAAAUCUCCCGCCGAUCGAUUGGUACAGAAACGGCACUUUCAACGAUCUCAGUUACUGGGGACUCGAUUAUCCUCCGUUGACUGCUUACCAGAGUUACAUCCACGGAAUUUUCCUCCGAAUGUUCAAUCCUGAGUCCGUUUCUCUUCUCAGCUCUCAUGGUCACGAGUCUUAUCUUGGAAAAUUACUAAUGAGAUGGACCGUUUUAUCGUCUGAUGUUCUCAUUUUCUUCCCGGCUGCUCUGUUUUUCGUGUUAGUGUAUCAUAAGACUCGAACCAAGAGUGCUAAGAGUGAAGUGGCAUGGCACAUUGCUGUGAUUCUCUUAAACCCUUGUUUAAUCCUCAUUGAUCACGGUCAUUUUCAGUACAAUUGUAUCAGCUUGGGACUUACAAUGGGUGCUAUUUCUGCUGUACUCUGUGAGUGCGAGGUUCUCACUUGUGUUUUGUUCAGUCUAGCUCUCAGCCACAAACAGAUGAGUGCAUACUUUGCUCCUGCCUUUUUCAGCCAUUUACUGGGUAAAUGCCUAAGAAGGAAAAACCCAAUACUUUCUGUGCUAAAGCUUGGAGUUGCAGUCAUAGUGACAUUUGUGGUUGUUUGGUGGCCGUAUAUACAUUCUUUGGAUGACUUCUCAAUGGUUCUCUCCCGUCUUGCUCCAUUUGAGAGGGGAAUAUACGAGGAUUACGUGGCGAAUUUCUGGUGCACCACUUCCAUACUCAUAAAAUGGAAAAAACUCUUCACAACACCAUCUCUCAAGUCUAUAAGCUUAGUUGCAACUGUACUGGCUUCUCUCCCUUCAAUGGUUCAGCAAAUCUUGUCACCAAGCAAUGAAGGUUUCUUAUACGGUCUGCUCAACAGUUCAAUGGCUUUCUACUUGUUUUCCUUCCAAGUUCAUGAGAAAUCAAUCCUAAUGCCUUUUCUCUCCGCAACACUAUUAGCUCUCAAGAUCCCUAACCAUUUCAACCAUUUAACCUAUUACGCUCUCUUCUCCAUGUUCCCUCUUCUCUGGCGUGACAAGCUCUUGAUUCCUUACUUAGCACUAUCUUUCCUCUUCACCGUCAUCUAUCAUUCACCCGGGAAUCACAUUACGAUGCAGAAACCUAAAGCUUCAUCGUCGUCCUCCUUUACGAACUUCCCGGGUUAUGUUUUCCUUUGUAGAACCCAUUUCUUCAUCUCUUUAGUGCUUCAUGUUCUUUACCUCACUAUUCAACCUCCUCGAAAGUACCCUUUCUUAUUCGAAGCACUGAUCAUGAUUCUCUGUUUCUCAUACUUUGUCAUGUUUGCCCUUUACACCAACUAUACGCAGUGGACUUUGUCUAGUUCUGCGGAUAAAGAAAAGAAACAAAUCUGA